AAUAAUAGAAAGCGGGCGGAAAGGAAAAAUAUACACACACGCAUAUUUGUAUGUAUGUAUAUAACUCUGUUCUGUGAAUCUGUGGUCUUUCGAACCAAGGGGCAGCAGAAAAGAAAAACUUUGUGCGACGCUCUGAACAUACUCUCUCUCUCUCUCUCUCUCUCUCUCUCUCUCUCUCAUUUAGGGUUUCUAUUUGAAUCAACGGAUCUGUGAUCGCUGUCAAUGGAGUUGUUCUGUGUCAAUAUAUCCUAGAAUCUCUCAUGGAUUCCUCUUCACCGGAAUACCUACGCUACCGCCAUGACCAACUCUUCUCCACGUUCAUCAUAAUCCUCUCUGUGACUUCAUCGUUUUUCUCUUCCUGUUGUCCUCUUUCUCGCCUGCUGUGAAAAUGGAGGAAGAACGGCGCAUUCUGUUCGGGAAAUACGAGAUGGGGAGGCUGUUAGGCAAAGGCACCUUCGCCAAGGUCUAUUACGGUAAACAGAUCACCGGCGGCGAGAGCGUCGCGAUCAAGGUUAUCAACAAAAAUCAAGUGAUGAAGAAACAGGGGAUGAUGGAUCAGAUCAUGCGAGAGAUUUCGAUUAUGAGAUUGGUUCGUCAUCCCAACAUCGUCGAGUUGAAGGAGGUCAUGGCCACCAAGACGAAGAUCUUCUUCGUCAUGGAGUACGUCAGAGGCGGCGAGCUCUUCGCUAAGAUCGCCAAGGGGAAGCUGGCGGAGGAUGUUGCCAGGAGAUAUUUCCAGCAAUUGAUCUCAGCUGUUGAUUUCUGCCACAGUAGAGGCGUCUCUCACCGGGAUCUUAAACCGGAGAAUCUCCUCCUCGACGAGAACGGAGAUCUGAAGGUCUCCGACUUCGGGUUAUCGGCGUUACCGGAACAGCUCCUGAAAGACGGAUUGCUCCACACGCGGUGCGGAACUCCGGCGUAUGUGGCGCCGGAGGUUCUCCGGAAGAAGGGGUACGACGGCGCCAAGGCGGACAUCUGGUCGUGCGGCGUCAUCCUGUAUGCGCUUCUCUCCGGAUUUCUUCCGUUUCAGGACGAGAAUCUAAUGAACAUGUACCGAAAAAUAUUCAAGGCGGACUUCGAAUUCCCUCCCUGGAUUUCGUCGGACGCGAGGAGAUUGAUCUCGAAGCUUCUCGUCACCGAUCCGGAGAAACGGAUCUCGAUGCCGGCGAUCAUGCGAACGCCAUGGUUCCGUAAGAAUUUCACUAGCCCACUCGCGUUCAAAAUCGACGAGCCGAUCUCCUCGCCAAACAGCAAAAACGACGGAGGAGGAGAUCAGAUUACAGAUCAAGCAGAGAAAUCGAUCUCACCGAGAUUCUUCAACGCCUUCGAGUUCAUAUCAUCGAUGUCAUCGGGAUUCGACCUGUCGAGCCUGUUCGAGAGCAAGAGGAAGCCGAGGACGAUGUUCACGUCGCGAUGCUCAGCGGCGGCGAUAAUGGCGAAGAUCGCAGGGGUGGCGAAGGAGAUGAACAUGAGGGUGAAGAAGACGAAGGAAUUCAAGGUGAAGAUGGAAGGGAAGACGGAAGGGAGGAAGGGAAGGUUGUCGGUGACGGCGGAGGUGUUCGAGGUAGCGCCGGAGGUCGCCGUCGUUGAGCUCUGCAAAUCCUCCGGCGACACUUUGGAGUACAAUAGAUUCUACGAAGAAGACGUAAGGCCGUCGUUGAAGGACAUCGUGUGGACGUGGCAGGGCGAUAAUCAUAAUCAUAAUAAUUAGACUGUAAACGGUGAUGUGGAAUUUUGGGAGUUUUUGUAUUUUUAAAUUUGGUUUGGGUAAUAUUUUUGUAAAU